ACAUCAUGACAUUGGGAGCCACUACAACCCACCACAAACCCGACUAGUUUAGCAACAUGAGUCAUAUCAUUCAUAAAUGUAAUAGGGCCAUGUCAUAUUCAAAUUAUUGCAAUUAGUCAUACUUUCACUGUUUUUCUCCUUUUUCUCACCAUUAAAGAAACCAUGAAAAGUUCAUAGUAUACUCUGCUUUCCCUUAAGUUUCAGUACAUCAUGGAAAUUGUUUCUCAUCUCCUUGCAAUUGCAGGGGCUUUUGUACUGGUACUAUUGUACAAUCUAUGGAGGCUGAGAAUUGGUAGUCACAAAGGUAAGGGUAUGUUGGCUCCGGAGCCAUCAGGUGGCUUGCCAAUCAUAGGUCACCUGCACAAACUAGGUGGCCAAAACCCAGUUGCCCGAACCUUGGCAGCUAUGGCUGAUCAAUAUGGUCCCAUAUUCACAAUCCGAUUUGGUAUGAAAAGUGCAAUUGUUAUUAGCAAUCAUGAGGCUGUCAAGGAUUGUUUCACUACAAAUGACAAGGCUUUGGCUGCUCGUCCAAGGUCUAGCCAUGGAAAGUACCUUGGCUACAACUAUGCAGGAUUUGGGUUUAUCAACUAUGGAAAAUUCUGGCUCAAGAUGAGAAAGAUAACCAUGCUAGAACUCCUCUCUAGUCGUCGGCUUGAGACACUAAAGAAUGUGCAAGUUCUUGAGGUCGACAAUUUGAUUAAAGAUUUGUACACUCUUUGCAUGAGCAAAGGGCACAGCAACCAAGCUAAGGUGGUGAUUAGUGAGUGGAUUGAGCGCUUAACCCUCAAUAUAAUUACUAAAAUGAUUGCAGGGAAAAGAUAUUUUGGAAACUUGAAUGAUGGGAAUGAUGGAGAGGCAAAGAGAAUAGGGAAAAUUAUUAAAGAGUUCAUGUAUGUGUCUGGGGUCCCUGUUGUUUCGGAUCUAGUUCCAUUUCUAGGAGGGCUUGAAUAUUUUCUGGGCCAAGUAAAAUCCAUGAAGCGAAUUGCAAGGGAAUUGGACACUCUAGUUGGAGGUUGGGUUGAAGAACAUGCUAUGAGGAGGGCGGAAACUGAACUAAACGACAAACCGGACUUCAUUGAUAUCAUGUUAUCUGUAAUUGAGGAUGAUGGCAUGUUUGGCCAUACGCGUGAAACCAUUAUCAAGGCAACAGCAUUGAAUCUCAUCUUGGCUGGGUCCGACACUACAUCUCUUAACUUGACAUGGCUCCUGUCUAUAUUAUUGAACAACAAGCACGCUUUGAAGCAAGCCCAAGAAGAGCUCGAUCUCAAGGUUGGUAGAGAGAGAUGGGUGGACAACCAUGAUAUCAAAGACCUAAUUUACCUCCAAGCCAUAGUGAAGGAAACCUUGCGCUUGUACCCACCAGGCCCCUUAUCAGUUCCACAUGAAGCCAUGGAGGAUUGUCAUGUAUGUGGCUAUUAUGUUCCAAAGGGUACUCGUGUUUUUGUCAAUGUGUGGAAGUUGCACCGAGAUCCAAGGAUUUGGGAUGACCCAGAUAAGUUUUUUCCAGAGAGGUUCCUCACAAAACAUGCAAAUAUAGAUGCUUCAGGGCAACAUUUUGAGUUCGUACCAUUUGGGUCUGGUAGACGAUCUUGCCCAGGUUACACAUUUGCCUUGCAAGUAUCUCACUUGACACUAGCUCGAUUACUUCAAGGAUUUGAGUUCACGACACCAUUGAAUAUGCCAGUAGACAUGACUGAAGGCUUGGGCAUUACCUUACCCAAGGCAACUCCCCUUGAAGUUCUUCUUAAUCCACGUCUUGCUCCAGAACUCUAUCAAUGACAGAGAGAAAUAUAGACUAUGCUUGACUAGAGUACAUGUUUUUAAUAAGUUUUCGCGCUUCAAGAGUCUCAUGACUUAAUGACAUUGCCCAAUCUUUUUUACUAGGAGAAUCAUUAUGUAGUCUUAUUUAGGUACUUUCCUGUA